AUGGCAUCAGCCGGAGACCCCCCGACAGGCCCGCGGGAUGCAGCUGACCAGAACUUCGACUACAUGUUCAAGCUACUGCUUAUCGGCAACAGCAGCGUGGGCAAGACGUCCUUCCUGUUCCGCUACGCGGACGACUCCUUCACACCUGCCUUUGUCAGCACUGUGGGCAUCGACUUCAAGGUCAAGACGGUCUAUCGCCAUGACAAGAGGAUCAAGCUGCAGAUCUGGGACACGGCGGGCCAGGAGCGCUACCGCACCAUCACCACAGCCUACUACCGUGGAGCCAUGGGCUUCCUGCUCAUGUAUGACGUGGCCAACCAGGAGUCCUUCGCUGCCGUGCAGGACUGGGCCACGCAGAUCAAGACCUACUCCUGGGACAACGCUCAGGUGAUCCUGGUGGGAAACAAGUGUGACCUGGAAGAUGAGCGGGUCGUGCCUACUGAGGAUGGCCGGAGGCUCGCCGAUGACCUUGGUUUUGAGUUCUUCGAGGCCAGCGCCAAGGAGAACAUCAAUGUGAAGCAGGUCUUUGAGCGCCUGGUGGACGUCAUCUGUGAGAAGAUGAAUGAGUCCCUAGACCCCAGCUCCAGCCUGGGGAGCAAUGGGAAAGGCCCGGCCUUGGGGGACACCACACCCCCUGAGCCCAGCAGCUGCAGUUGCUAGAGAUGGUCCCCAAUCCCUGCCUACCCCUUCCGGCCUUGGCAGGGACUGUGACUGAGGCAUGAGCCACAAGGGCUGUUUCCAAGCUCAGGGUGCCCCCUUCCCUCCCGCCAGCUGCCCUGGCUCCCGCAUGACCUCCGACUUGCCUGAGCAGCCUUAACACAAGCUCCAGGCCCUGGGGAUUCUGCAUGGCGGGCAGAGUCUGGGGGCACUGACAUGCACGGGCUUGCUGCCUUUCAGGAAUCCUAACAGAGGGAGGGUGGGCAGUGUGUCCCACCCCGUCUGGUGGGAGGGCCUCCACAGUACCUUCUGGGGUUAGAGCUCUCAUCCUCGUCCACUCUGUGUGGGGCAUUGCCUGGUGUUCACCAGCUGGUCGAAGAUGCUUCAUCGUCUUCCUCCUGCAGGGUGGGUCCUCGGAGUUCAUCCCUGGGGACGUGGAAGGCGAUACCUUUCUCGGCCCCUGGUGUGGUCCCAGGCCUGCCUGUGAAACUCCUCAGACCUCAAGCUUCCAAGGCAGGGAGGUGAUUUUAGCCCUCGCAGACCCUUCCCUGCUGGCCCGCAGACCCUCUGCCUGUGCAAGCCGAAUUAGAGCAGCUUUCCCAUUGUAAAGGGACAGGAAGUCAGAGCCCCCUCACCCCAGCUUCAGGGACCCCAGAAGUGCCUUCUGAGCUUCCCCAGGAUUGCGCGUCACCCACACUCCCGCCACUGUUUUGGCUUAUCUACUGUAGCAUCUCCGAUCCCUGGACUGAAUUCUGGAAUUCUGGGCCCCAUCAGGCUGGGCAGAGAAUGGCCCAACCCGUGGAGUUCCCACUCGGAACUUUUUGCCGGAAGUUAACCUCAGAGCCAGGAGCCUGGGCCCUCCCACCCAUACCUGCCUCUCCCGGGCCCCAUUUGGCUGGUGAUGUUUUAAGCAAGGUCUUUCCACAUCUUACAUCCUGCUAGAGAAGGAAAUUGAGCAAUGUUCCCAUCGCCUGCCCUUGCUGGCGACCUGCCGAUGGAAGGACUUGGGCUCCUCCCCCUCAAGGACCCUUGAAGACCCAGAGCCCUGUUUCCUGAGCCACAUCAUCGGUGGGGACCAGAGAGGUGAUGUUUCCUACUAAUGGAGGAAUGGAGGAUGUUUCCCCCUAAGGGAAGCUGUAGGGUUGGGCUGAAGGGGCGAGAAGGCAAGAUUGGGUAAUUACUGUUGCUACACGCUCUUCACAGAUGCACUUGGGAGUGGCAGGCUGAUGGCAAUGGGCUGGGAAUCAGUGUCCCUGGUUGACACAUGAUCAGGGGUCCCCAGCGGGCAGGGGCUCCUGCUGGGAGCUUAUGUGCAGUCUGGGGAUCUCCAUUUUGAUCUCCAAACCCCCCCACCCCAGCUCAGUGGUCUUCCUGCCCACCCAAGUCCAGACUCCAGUGGCCUGGCUCCUGUUUAUGGCCCGGAACACCAGCUAACAUCCCAGAAUUUGACAGACCCUGGGAGGAUGGUCUAAACAGAUGGUUUGAGUUCCACCCCCAGGCCCUGCCACCAAAACCACUUGCUAUACAGCCUUUAAAAUCUCAGCCUCCUCCUCCUGCAAGCGAGGGAGAUCUGGUUCAAGUGGAACUUGGCUCUUCCUAGAAGCUCUGCUUUGAAUUUAUUUCUAGAGGGCCCCAUUCGUCCCUUACCAAGGGCUGCCCUUAGAUCUUCAAAGUGAGGGCAUCUCUGUAAGUCAACAAUCCAGAAGACAGGUGAAAUGGUCAAGUUCCUGGAAACACAUACAGUGAGUUUGGGGGAUGUUUGGGGGCAGGAGUCAAAAAUGUUGGUUACUUUAACAUAAAAGAGAAAUUAAAG